AUGGCCUUGGCGCUGGCGCAGGCCGAACAGCAGCGGCGCCUGGCGGCAGAGGCGCUCGCCGACAGCAUGGGCAUAUGCACUGAAGCUCCUGCUGCCAAGGAAGGGUUCUUCGAGCUCAACUUCGACGAGACCUGUUUCUUGAAUGUUGACAGCAUCGAGGGCAUCACUGAGGAGGAAGCCAAGGAGCUUCGUCUCAUCGAGAAGGAGCUUCGCGCAGUCAAGGAACAAGUCGAGGUCAAGGGCUCCGACGUGCAAAGGUCCGCCAGCGCAGCGUCCGCAGCGGGCGCCCCAGCCGACGGCGACUUACAGGCCGAGGCGGCGCGCAUCAGCGAGGCUGGGGCCAAGGCGGCGGAGAAGGCGGCACGCGACGGCGGCCUGGGCCCGCUCGCAGGCACGGCCGUUGCGACCAUGGGUCUCGUGCACGCCUGGACCCCGCAGCCGUCUUCACUCUGCCAGGCGCUCAAGGGACUGCUGUUGCGGCGGUUGGACUGCAGCCAGAGCUGGAUUCGGCUGAGUUGGCAGGUGCGAAGGGCAGUGCUGUGCGGUCGGCCACGGCACAUCACGAUCAAUCUGAUCCAGUGCAUGGCGUCUGGCCAGCUCUACGAGUACGGCAUCGGCUUCUACUCCUUCAGUCGCACCGGCUGC